AUGUCGCAUACAGGCACAUUUCGGGGAACGACGCCCAACAAAACGAUCGGCAGAGGAAGAUUGCCCGACUUCGAGGGUGCCAACGCAUCUCACAUCCCGCGUCCUCGUUCCGACCGUCCGGACUCUUCCCUUACCUCUCACCCUCCCUCCGACAUUGGCAGCAACAUCGGCACCGGCACCAUGAGCGCAGCCAGCAGCAGACAGCGGGCUAAUCAGUCCAAGCGUGAUGAGGCCAUCCGUCAAAAAAUGGAGGCCAACCUCAAGAAGAAACACAACCCCAGCAAAGCCAGCCGAUCCCGCAAGGCCCCUCCCGGUACCGUUCUCGCCCUGAAGCCCGCCCAGGCUCUUCAAAUCAAGCCCUCGCUCAGCAUUGCCGAGGCCGCCCAGCUGAUGGCAGCGAAGCGGGAGGACUGCGUCUUGGUGACCGAUGAAGACGAAAGAAUUGCCGGCAUUUUCACAGCUAAGGACUUGGCCUUUCGUGUCGUUGGUGCUGGUCUGAAGGCUCGCGAAAUCUUAGUUUCUGAGAUUAUGACCAAGAAUCCCCUGUGUGCCCGAACAGACACCAGCGCCACCGACGCGCUUGACCUGAUGGUGCGUAAGGGGUUCAGACAUCUGCCAGUCAUGGACGAGAACCAGGACAUCUCUGGUAUCCUCGAUAUCACAAAGUGCUUCUACGACGCCAUGGAAAAGCUUGAACGCGCAUACAGCUCGUCGCGCAAGCUCUACGAUGCAUUGGAGGGUGUGCAAACGGAACUGGGCUCCAGCCAACCGCAACAAGUUAUUCAGUACGUCGAAGCCCUUCGACAAAAGAUGUCUGGACCUACUCUUGAGUCUGUACUCGACGGUAUGCCUCCAGUGACUGUCUCCGUCCGUACUACGGUCAAGGAUGCAGCGGCCUUGAUGAAGGAGCACCACACCACUGCUUUGCUUGUUCAGGAUCAAGGCUCCAUCACUGGUAUCUUCACCAGCAAGGACAUUGUUCUUCGGGUCAUUGCCCCCGGCCUUGACCCGGCCACUUGCAGCGUGGUUCGCGUGAUGACUCCCCAUCCUGAUUUUGCUCCCUCUGACAUGAGCAUUCAGUCUGCGCUCCGCAAAAUGCACGAUGGUCACUACCUUAACUUGCCCGUUAUGAACGAGGCUGGUGAGAUUGUCGGCAUGGUAGAUGUCCUGAAACUUACAUAUGCUACCUUGGAGCAGAUCGGCACCAUGAACAACCAUGACGACGAGGGUCCUGCUUGGCACAAGUUCUGGAACUCCAUGGAUCAUGAAUCUGACUCCAUGGUGUCUGGCAGCCAGCAGCCCCACACCCCACUUCGCUCCGUAAUGAGCCCUGACAUGGCCCGUUCACAAUAUGACAACAGCGUCCUGCCCAAUGAAUCGGCAUCUCACCAUGGAGAGGAGCACUCUGAAGUCGCCUCUCAUCACCUUGAACCCGCCGAGGAUGCUCCGUUCCCCUUCAAGUUCAAGGCUCCCAGUGGCCGUGUCCACCGAGUCAACGUUCUGGUUGCAUCCGGCGUGGAAGACCUUGUUAAGCAGGUUACUGCUAAGCUGGGCAGCGAGCUUGAGGCGGUUGGAGGCGAAGCCGUCGUUGAGGAAGGUCGUCUGAGCCACAAUGGCUAUGCGCUUAGCUACAUGGACAAUGAGGGCGACACUGUCUCGAUCACGACCGACCAGGACAUGGUGGAUGCUAUCCAACUUGCCCGUCGAACUCGCCGCGACAAGGUUGAUCUCUUCGUUCAUGACCCCUCUCAGCCUCCUAUCCCGGCCACCAUUGACCCCCAUCCUGUCCAACCUCAACCUGCCACUCCCGUCCCCGAAGAGAGCAAUGUCACUGAGGCUCCCACUCCCGAAGAGCCUCCUCUCGCUAAGCCCCGCCAGCAGAAUGGCUUUGCGCCCUCAGAGGAGCAGCUCAUUGCUGGUGUUCCCAAUGAUCUGCUUCUGCCCGGAGCGAUUGUUACCUUGGCCGCCGUCAUCGCGGGUGUGUUCAUUCUCAGUAGGCCCACUGGUCGUUGA